AAACAAAUCUCUAAGAAGAAGAAGAAGAAGAUCAAAAUCAACAAUGGAGGAGGAGUUUCAGCAAAUACUUCUCAAUUCCAUCAACAACUCUGGGGUACAUCUCCCUCCCGGCGUUUCUUCAAUCCGAGACCUCAUUCCCUCCACCUUGGUCUCGAUCUCGGCUCAGUCGCUCAAUCUCAUCCACCACACGUCGUCGUUUCCCACAUCCCUUCCUGACUCAGUCGCCGACCAGUUCAAGGCUUGUACGGAGCUCGCUUUGAGUAUCAAGGACUUGGGUUACCUCAGCGAUAUUAGCUUUCGCCAUUUCCUUUAUCCAUCUGAAGAGGAUUCGUGUAAGUUGAUUAGAUUUUUGGUGGAGAGGCUUUCUGAAUCCUCCAAAGUUGCUGGAGGAAUUGGUGAUAUUAACACUUCCAUUGAUAGAAUUGACGUGAAAACAGAUAAGUUUGAAAGCUAUUUAGAGGACUAUGUAGAGAAUUCUGAUGAUAAUGGAGUGGAUGUCGAUGAUCAGAAAAUUAAACCUCAGUUGAAUGAAACAGCAGAAUAUCUUAACACGAAGGCUAUAGAUGCCUCUUUCAGAAGGUCCAGGGAUGUUGACAUUGAUGGCAUAUCUAGUUCUAGUACUGGAGAAUUCAACAUAAAUAAACUGAAUAUUGAAAGGAGUCAGACAAAUUUGGCUGAAGAAACUUUGGAUAUUGGAAGAGAGGAUGGAGCUCACUCGACUUCUGAUCAGAUCUUAACUCCUUCUGAGUUUGGGAAAACCCAAAGUCAAGAGAAAAUUUCCUUGGAGGAGGUGACUGCAAAGUCUGCAGAUUUAGAGCAUCUUGAAGAAGAGCUGGAAUUGUUAAAGGCGGUUGCAGAUAUGGUAUUUGAUGACCAGCACUCUGUGGAAUUUUACCACAAGCAACUGGAGGAGAAGAUAGACUCUAAAAGGAAUCAUCUUAAAGAGUUGAACUCUCAAUGGGAAGCUCUCAAAAAGCCUUUGGAAGAGGAAAAGAGAAGUCUUCAAGAUUCUCUUUAUGGAAAUACCCCAGAAACUAAGGAAAAUCUUCAAAAUCUGAGAGGGAUUGAACAAGAAAUACAGACCAUCUUAUCCGAAAUUGAAAAGAGGAAGGAUGAACUCUCUGAACUUUCCAAUGAACUUGCGAAGCAGCCCAAAGUGGCGUCAAGGAAAUCCCAUAUCGAUCGGGUAAAGGAAAUAACCAAGAACAGCAAGAAACAAGAAAGUGACAUAGAGAAAAUCUUAAAAGAUACAAGGGAGCUUCAGCUGGAAAGUAAUUCCAUCCAAGAACGUCUUCAUAGGACCUAUGCUAUUGUAGAUGAGAUAGUGUUCAGAGAAGCUAAGAAGGAACCAGUGGGAAGGCAAGCAUAUAGGCUCCUCACAAGCAUCCAUGAGAGCUUUGAACAAAUAUCUGAGAAAAUUCUGGCAACUGAUAGAAUACGAAGAGAAGUGUUGGAACGUGAGAAGAAACUUGCAGCCAUGGCAUCGCGAAACUUAAAUGUAGACAAACUACAGUCUGAUCUUGAUGCAAUUAGGAAGGAAAAUGAGUACUUAGAGAAAUGCCUCCAAGACAAAGUGAAUCUGUGAAGUGAAUUCCUUGUGUUUGUAAUAUAGCACAUUCUUUCAAUAGCCCUUUUUAAACAUUUUGGUUUUAAUUCUUUUACCCUCGGAUCCUUUAUACACAGUCAAAUUGCUCCACUCAAUUACAACUUACACAGAGGAAAUAGUGAAAAAUGGAAACUUGUGCUUGUCCUUUCA